AAUAAUAAAUUUACGAGUAUUUACUUAUAAAAUUAAUAUUUACGUCUUAGUUUUAAAAUAAUGUUUUACCUUAGAACGACGAAUUAUUUUAAUCCAUGUCAAAAAUGGGACUACAUCAACUUGUAAAUUAUUUGUUCAUUGUUCAUGUAUCACAAGCAGUUGUUGAUUGCUUUGCAUUCGAUUUUAGGGACAGAAAUUCUAGAAGAUCACAAUUUCCAAGAUCACGAGAUUAUCAGCAUUCAUUUUCUAAUACUUACAGCAACACAUCACAACAACCCUUUUAUUGGAAACGAAAAAAUGAAACCAGUCAAAAUAAUCACAAAGAAAGCAACUAUCUCUGGCGAAACGCAAAAACUGUUACAAACAUAAAAACCUCCACUGCCCACACUAAAAGAAGAUAUUACAUUGCUUUGGUAUCCCGUCACAAGUAUCUAUCAUCUACUCCGAGUAAUAUAGAAUUCGAUUAUUUAGACGAGGAUCAAUACCCAAACAAGAAUACCAGUUUGAAAAGGUUACACAGAGUUGACUCUAACAACAGAGGAGUGGAUGAAUUCACGACGAGGCUACCUUCCACUUUGCGCUCUUCUUCUAUUUCAUUAGGCAUUAAUGAUCCAUACAAUGUACAGGAAUUGUUACCCAUAUCCAAACCUCCGAAUAUUCUUCAAGAGUCUUCUUUAUUUUCUCACCGCCAAGCUUUCAACAAGUUUAAAAUUAAAAAAGUGGAUAAAGUGAAAAAUAACAUCGGAGUAAGUGAUUUUGUUAACAAUGAAGCCUAUUUGAGUGGAAAGCUUCUUACGGUAAAAGUAUCUCUGAAAGAUUCUCAAGUGCCAACGACCACUGUACGAUCACCGGUACGAUCUACAACGUCUGCGUCAACCACUGUCUUCACAACUCCUAAUGACAGAGUGAAAUUCUUUGAAAUAUAUGAUACAAACACCUUACGACCGAAAAGAAUAAAAUUAAAUAAUAGCAGUAAAUAUCAGAGUCUGAGAAUACCAGAGAUCAUAUCAACUACAGAGAAUUUUACAAAUAAGAUACGCAAAGAAGAGAGUAACAUUCCUAGUCAAUUUUGGCGUCUUGAUAACCCGAAAAACGCAAGAUUUGAGAGAAAAUAUAAGAACUUUAGAAAAAGGUCUUUUACAGCGGAUGGUAAUUUAGAUAUUUUAUACCAAAUUCCUGAUAAUAAUGUUUCGGAAUUACAUGCCACUUCAAAAACAUACAGUCAAGAAAAAACUAUCGUCUUCUCUAAAUCAAAACCGUUACGGGUAACAAGAACUUCCGUGGCUAAAUGGUCCAGCUAUCCUUUUGCAUCUGUUUAUAUCUAUGAACCGACGCAGACACAUUGCGAUGCGUCAGGUAUAAGUCCGCACUGGCUGCUAGCUGCCGGAUCUUGCCUAUCGCGACAAAACUUGGUAUACUCGAUGGACGAAAGGUCGGCGUAUGUGACAUACUGCGGAGAGCAUUGGCGAUCGCCUGAGCGUAUCGCCUAUGUCAAAAGAAUUGUCGUGCAUCCGAAAUUCAACCCAAAGGAUAAAGUUAGAAGACUUCUUUUUAACAUCGGGUUGAUUCAAGUGUCGAAAUCAAUGUCCACGUCUUGCCCUCAUUGGGCACCAAUUGCAAUGAUGUCACACCAGUUCUCGACGAGCUCGGCGGGUACUAUGGCCUCUGCAGUAGGCUGGGGUUUAGACAGAUACGGAUCGAAAUAUACGACGGAAAAGCUACCACACUGGCCGCUUACUGUAUAUGAAGCUCUGGUAUUUCACAACACAUGCCCAGGGAGUUCCACGUUUAGCAUAGAGAAACACCAAGCUGACAGUGGCGCCAGUAAUGUCUACUGUCUCCUGCUGCCAGAGUACACUGGAGAAGAGAACGACUCCGUGCACGGCGGACUGUUGCUGGUCGACGGGAAGCUCAUUGCUCUUUAUUUACAGGAAGAACGUCGUUCCCGGGGCAGCCAGUCAGCGCAGUACACGGGCGUGUGGCGGCUCCUCCCGUGGAUAACAGACAUAGCGCACGAACCUGACUACGAAGAUAUCACUUUGGACGUAUAGACAUUUUUUUAAGU